AUGUCCCGUUAUGAUCAACCGAAGCCUGUGGUGAAAGAAUUUCACGAUCCCUUGGCUUGCGAAUGGGACUUGGCUUUACACUGGAAUUUCACGUCUGACGGACCGUUAAAAGUGCCCGCGGGAGAUGACGAUGAGGAUGCCGGCGUGAAAACCGGCCGUCAUGAAAUCCUCAUCCGGCCGAACCCGUCUCCGGAUCCACGUCAGCUGGUCGUCAGCCAAUCGCUGUUGAGACUGCUGCAGGAGAACGAACGGCUGAGAUUGCUCGCGCAGGAGGACGGACGGCUGUCGUCUCCCCCUCCUCGCCGCGUUAUAGUCAUCACGCCGACCUACAAGCGAACUUUCCAGCAGCUGCUCAUGCUAGGGUUGAUCAACUCACUAAAACGGGUACAAGCGCCGGUGCUGUGGGUGGUGAUUGAGGCGACGAAAACGGAAGAAACCGCGCGGAUUAUCGCGAAGGCUACUAUCGGGGACAGCGGGUCGGAGAAUCCCGAGGUGGAAAUCGCGCAUCUGGGCGUGGAGGAGGAAAUGGCCGAGGAUUGGGACGAGCGAAUUCUGCUUGAGCAACGGAUGCGAGUCGUGGGACUAAGGUACGUUCGAGAGCGCAGGCUGGACGGCAUCGUGGUCUUCGCGGAUGACGGCUCGGUCUUCUCCCCGAAGUUCUUUGCCGAGGCUCAGCGCGUGCCUUGGUUCGGCGCAGGCUCGGUAGGCGUGCUGCUGCCGGUCGGCUUCACCGAGCUUAUGGGAAAAGAGGAGCUUCCUGAUUGGGUGCGAGGCUGGGAUGAAUGGGGCCCUGAGCUGGAACGAGGCCUGGGAGGAGGCUCGGAAGAAGGUUUGGAAGGAGCCUCGGAAGAAGAUUCGGAAGGAGGUUCGGUGGCAGGCUCGGUAGCAGAGGGGCGGCUGUUUGACCUGCUGGGUGCGGUGGUGCGGAACGAGAAAGAGGUGCGGCUGAUUGGGCAGUGCGGACGGCGCGUGCUCGCGUGGUGGUGGAGGGCUGAGGCGCGCCAAGACAGCAAGUUUCCUGCAGAGUGGGUUGUAUCACCGCAACUGCCCAUUACUGUCCGUGCCAAGUCCACCCCUUGGCCUGACCCCCUGCCUCCUCCCCCUCCUAGCCCUCCCUCUCCCCCACCCCCACGACCCCCGACAAAAGGCAAAAAGGGUGGUGGGAAGAAGAAAGGAGGAAAGCACAAGAAUAAUCAUUGA